ACAUAGGUUUUAGUCUCAGCGUGUGCAGCUGAGCAACUCGGCAACAUCGUUUCGGUUUGGUCUAAAGAGUAAGCAAGUUGGUCGCUUGAUUGAGAAACAUGGCAGAAAAUAGUGUGAACAGUGGAAAAGCUGCUUUUGACAAACCCAAGGUUGAACUGCACGUGCAUCUUGAUGGCGCCAUCCGGGUCGAGACCAUACUUGAUGUGGCCAAGAGGCGAGGUAUAACCCUCUGUGCAAACACUGUGCCUGAGUUGACCAAACUGAUCACAGUGGCUAAGCCGGGAACACUCACCGAAUUCUUAGUCAAGUUUAGUCUGUACAUGCCUGCUAUUGCAGGGAACAGAGAGGCCAUCAAGAGAAUUGCCUAUGAGUUUGUGGAGACCAAAGCUAAAGAAGGAGUGAUUUACAUAGAGGCGAGGUACAGCCCUCACCUCAUGGCCAACAGCAACGUGGACCCGAUACAGUGGAACCAGGAAGAAGGUGAUGUAACCCCAGAUGAUGUGGUGCAUCUUGUGAACGAGGGCCUGAAGCAGGGAGAGAAGGACUUCAAGAUCAAAGCUAGGUCCAUUUUGUGCUGCAUGCGGCACAUGCCAAAGUGGUCAAUGGAAGUGGUGGAGUUGUGCAAGAAGUAUCGAAACGAUGGCGUAGUGGGCAUAGAUCUAGCAGGAGAUGAAUCUCUAAGCCACGAGGCCUGCCCUCUCCACUGCAAAGCCUACGAGGAAGCCGAGAAAUGUGGCAUUCACAGAACGGUGCAUGCGGGAGAAGUCGGCCUUCCUUCGGUCGUGAGAGAGGCUGUCGAGGUACUGAAAGCAGAGCGUAUCGGACACGGUUAUCACACAGUUGAAGAUCAAGAUCUGUACAAACAGCUGCUUGAACAGAAUAUGCAUUUUGAGACAUGCCCGAUCUCCAGUAAGCUGACAGGGGCUUGUGAUCCAGACUUCACUAAGCAUCCAAUCAUCAGGUUCAUGGAAGACAAAGCGAACUACUCCGUGAGCACAGAUGACCCUCUGAUUUUCCACUCCACCCUGGGCUCCGACUACCAGGUUUUAAAGGAUUACAUGGGCUUUACUGAGGAAGAAUUCAUGCGGCUGAACAUAAAUGCAGCCAAGUCGUGCUUCCUGCCCGAGAAGGAGAAGAAGGACUUACUGAAUCAGCUCUACGAGGCCUAUGGCAUGAUCAACGACACCAGCUUCUAGGCGCAGUUCAACUAACCCAAAGCAGAGUCUUUCCAAACACUCCCGCAGGAAUUCAAUCCUUUUACUAAGCCCUCACUUCAAUUACAGGGAGUACACCACCCUCUUUCUGCAAUGAAUGUGCCACAUCGCACAUUUUUCUUCCUAUAUAAUAAUAUGUGAAAUAGACGCAUAAAGGCACGUAUAUAAAUUGUGUAAGGAUUAAAUAGAUCAAAUACUAAAAAUCCUUCAGCCUUUUUAGCUGCAGUGAGGACAUUGUUAAACAAGCAAGGAGAGUUCAUUUCAUUAAAACGAUCACAGGCAAAAUAAAUAUAUACAAUAGAAAGGCAAGUUAAGGUAUUAAUUUGGAUAAAAUUUGGAUGAUUGCCCCAAGUGUUUGAUUUCAUGUCAUUUUCAUAUUCUGAUUAAAUGCUGCCCAAUCUAGGAUUCACUAAACGUGAGCCAAAAGUACAACCAAAUCAGUGUCAAAAUCAGUUUUUUUUGCAAUGACCAGCUUAGUCUCAGGAUUUUAACAGUACUGGAAAUCUGGACUACAAUCCCUCUAUCAGUGUUAAGCUUUCCAGACAUUACUGACCCAUUCUAUGACAGCAGGCACAAAAUACAAACAAUAGGAACACUCUAGAAAAUAGAAAUUGAAUUAUUUGAACAAAAACAAGACAUUACCCUGUAUCCUAAAACAGGAAAUUAGUGUGCAAAUGUACAGAAGUUUAAUAGUAAACAACAUGGAUUAUUUGUACUCCACAUUGUCGCGAACGCAAAUCCAGGGUCCGAGCUGCAGCAGGUGCUUUCUAAAAACCACAAUUAAUACAUUAUCUAAAUGUAUUUUUUAAGCCUUUUUAAUAUUGUUUAUAUUGUGUGUGUUUGUGUGUGUGUGUAAGUCUGUUCCUUUUUUUUUUAACAAAAAAAACACCAUUCAAACGCUGCAUCAUGAAUCAGAAAAAAACGUGUAGAACAUUUCCUUUAUUUGAACGCACAGACACGGUGUGGGCCAGCCCAAGUUUACACCUUUUUAUAAUUUAAUGGAUUUUGCAUAAAAAAGCUGCACUAUUUAUAAAGGUACACUUAUUUAUGCCUUUUAUUUGAGAGGAAAAUGGGAGAUUUGGCCUCUUUGGUUGCUUUCUCUACAGGAUUUAUAGCUGAUAAUAGUCUUAAUUACUACAAAUUGAUUUAUUUUUUGAACCAGCAUCUAUAACUGAGUGACAGCUACGAUUAAUGCGUUUUUAUAUAUAAAAAAUGUCGAUUUUUCCUGUAAGGCCUAUUGUACCAGAAGUGUCUUUAUCAACCAGCAGGCAUGUCGGUGUCUAAGAAAUGACAUAUAGGUUAUGAGGUUCAAUGUAACAUUUAUAAGCCAUUUUGUCUGGAGACACUUGACAUCUAGUGGGAAUAAGAUGCUUUAUUGCCUAGUCAGUUAUGGCCAAGAUCAUGCUUUAGGUACGGAUGAUGAAAUGUAUUGAACUAUAUACAUGAAAAAAAUAAAAUACAUGACAGCUGAAUGCACUUGCAUCAUUAUUGCAUCAUUAAAUCAUUAUUUAUGCUCCGAGAUCUGUUGUCGCUUCGAUUGUGGAGAAAUGCUCUACAAAAACAGACCAAAUCAGUGUUGUUUUUUUUUCUAUUCAUGCGUUCAUUUUUGCUUACUAGUGUACGCAUCAUGAAAAUGUCUUUUUUUUCUUUUUGUAUUUCUUAUUACCCAAUCUUGACCCCAAGCCUUAAGCAUUGUCCAAGAAACAACUUAAUGCAUUUCUCAUAUCUAUACAUGAUGAUGCUCACGCUGCUGUUGUUUUUCUGUAAGCUUCCAGCUGCUUUCCUGUGCAGUCAUACGUAUAUGGGGGUUCUCAACCUUUUUGUAUCCAGGGGCUUCUUUAAAUGUCAAAUAUAUUCCCUGCAGUGGAGAUUUGAUCUUUACAUGUGUACGAUGAUAUUUUAUCUAGUGAUUUUUAUUAAGUAGAGAUUUAUAUCAUACGACGACUGAGCUCAAGAGCUUCACUUUGACAUUGGUUAUAGGAUUGAAGUUGUUGAGACUGACUUCUCAUGCAGAAUUGUAAGACCUAAGUAAUAAAUAUAAUACGUUUUAUGUUAGUGGUUUGUGAUUUCCAGUACAGUAACCAAAUUGAAAAAUGAUGGACUGCACUGUGAGAACUUCCAGUUGUGGUGUUGUACUACUUUAUCUUAACAGAAGGGGGCAGUAUAUGACCUAGUUAAUUAUGUACCAACAAUGUGUUCAUAUUAUGUAAUUUCCAAUUUUUCUUUGGAAUUAAUAAAGCUAUCUAUCCAUCUAA